AUGAAUACGGCACCGGAAGUUCCUGCAAUCCUCGUUCUCGGCCCGCCGCUCGUUUUUAAAGCCUACGAGACCGAAUUUUCAGAGAAAUUCAAUUUCCUGAAACCAUGGGAAAACCCUAUUCCUCUCCACCAAUUCAUUUCCACUCAUUCAGCUUCUGUGAAAGCCAUUUUCUGUUCUGCUGUGGCUCCGGUUACCACCCAGAUUAUCCAAAGCCUGCCUGACCUCCAAUUUGUGUUGGCCAGUUCCACCGGCGUCAACCAUAUUGACCUCCGAGAAUGCAAACGCCGUGGGAUUGUUGUGGCCAAUGCCGGAUCAACUUUUUCCGACGAUGUUGCAGACAUGGCGGUAGGGUUGUUGAUUGAUGUGAUGAGAAGAAUCAGUGCUGGAAAUCGGUUUGUGAAGUCUGGGGCUUGGCCUCGGGAAGGAGACUACCCUCUCGCCCAUAAGUUAGGUGGCAAGCGAGUCGGGAUUGUUGGGCUAGGAAGCAUCGGUCUCCAUAUUGCCACAAGACUUAACGCCAUGGGUUGCAUCGUCUCGUACACUUCAAGAACCAUGAGACCACACAUUCCAUUCCCUUUCUAUCCUGGAAUUCACCAACUUGUUGCCAACUGUGAGAUACUGUUGAUUUCGUGUGCGUUAACAGAGCAAACGCAUCACAUGAUUGACCGAGAAGUAAUGUUGGCCCUAGGAAAGGAAGGAGYUAUCGUCAACACUGCACGAGGAGCAAUCAUCAACGAGAAAGAACUAGUGGAGUGUUUGAUUAAUGGGGAGAUUGGUGGUGCAGGUUUAGAUGUUUUUGAAGACGAGCCCAACCUCCCAAAAGAGCUUUUUGCAUUGGAGAAUGUGGUACUGACACCCCAUCAUGGUGCCAUCACAGAGGAGGCGUGUCAAAAGCUUUAUAAUCUCGUAUGUAAGAAUCUUGAUGCGUUCUUAUCAAACAAACCCUUGGAGUGUGAGAUAUUGGACGACUGA